AAUGCUCAAGACCCUUUUAUUAUACCCUUAAUUAUUUGAUAUGAAAAGAUGGAUCUUACCGUUUACCGAGGUACCUGUAUGGUAAGCUCUGCUAAAUCCUAAGUAAUAAGGUGUUACCAAUUGGAAUUAAAGGAUGGACUGCAUCAUAAUAUCUGAUUGUGAGAAGCAUGAAGUGUGACAAUGUAUCUGAAGAUUUGUUUGCGUUACAAAUAAGGUGCAGCUUGUAUUUUAUAAUCUCAAAUAUUCACAAGCCAUAAGGGUGAGUUGGAUACUAAAGGAAAUCCCCUUGUUGGUUUAACUGUUAAAAUUGGUUACCGGGUAGUAACGAGGGAGUGUGCAUCACGUGAAAUGUAUUGCGUUGACCUUUUAAACACAUUGUGAACUUUAACCAUUUUAGAAAAAAAAAAUAAGAUGAACAAAAGUUCUGUAUUAAGCAACCUCCUUAGUUAUGUGACCAUCACAGUGAGCUGGAAUUCUCCUUCCCUUUCAGACGCUGCGGGACUUUGUGAAGCGGCAUAGUGGUUAACAUGUCUUAUGUUGUGAGUGACAGACUCACCAGGCAGGAGGACAUAAAGAAGGGACUUCAAUUUAUUCAGUCUUCUCUGCCAUUCUUUGGAACAGACAACGAAUAUGAGGUUUUCUUGCAAAGACUCAUUAGAAACCUGUACAAUGAAGGGAAUGACUUGUUCAGAGAAAGCCGCGCAAAUGACUCCAUUAACCAGUAUUCCGAGGCACUGAGUGUCGCCGAAUAUGCUUCUUCAGAAGAUAUUUCCAUCCCCGAUGACGUGUUGGAAAAAGUGUAUGCAAACCGGGCAGCAUCUUACUCCAAAAUGGGCCUUCAUGAGAAUGCCUUAAAAGAUUGUGAAUCCGCCAUAAACUUGAAUGAGGACAACCUCAGAGUGCUAUAUCGCAAAUCCAAAGCGCUAUACAUGUUGGAAAGAUACAAGGAAGCGUAUGACUCUGUGGCCAGGUGCUCCCUGACUGCUCCACAGGAUGAAAGUGUUGUGAAGCUAACUCAAGAUCUCGCUAAGAAGUUGAAGCUAAAAAUCAGAAAAGCAUAUGUCCGAUGCCAGCCAGAUCAAGAAAAGCCUAGCGUGGAUGGCACAGAGAAGGUGUCAGAAAGUUUGGCAGAGCAAAUUGAGCCAGACUUGCCUGAAAUCAGUUCUGAGUCUCCUUUGUCGUCCUUUCAAACGCUGAGUGUUGCUACGAACUCUGUAAAUGACCUGGAUUCCGUUCCAGUCUCUUCUCCCUCUCCCGAUGUUAUCUCUAUGGCUGAAGCAAUGACUUUUCCAUCUGCGCUUGUCAGUAAUGGGUGCUCUGCUUCCUUUCCAACUUCCUACUUGCGCGAUGGAGAAGUAAUCGGAGAGGAGCUGGAUCACAUCCUUGAUUCUGUGCCAGAUUCUAACCUAAACAUGUCUAUUACGACAUUACCAGAGUCUUUAUCUACCACUUUAGGAAGUUUUCCUACUAAUUUGGUAGAGUCCAUACGACUUCACAACUAUUCAUUUUCUGAUAUGUACUCCCAGCCGCUGACGGCAGCAUUCAAUAGCUUUCCGCUAAAGUCUUCUGUGGACUCUCAUGGAGUGUCUUUAGGUCACCAAAAUGGAGCAUCUAAUGCUGCUUUUAUGAAUUCCUCCAAAUUUCCAGUCCAUAAUUCUGCAUAUUUUCUUCAGCCAAACAGUCCUUCUCCAUUUUCGGAGAGUCCUAUUAAAGGAUUAGAAGGAUUUAGCAAUAGUGCAUUGUCGGUUUCAUAUUCUACUCCCGUGAAGGGUGAAAACCCGCUGGAAGGGACACAUGAGUUCAGGCAGGCUUGUCAGCUAUGCUUGUCCAUUGCAGGAUCAAAAUGCCAUAGUUUCAGCAUUAACUUCAUUUUGGAUCAUAGAUGCAAGAAGGACAUUCUUAUUGGUAGAAUGAAAAAUUCUGCAGAUGGCCUAUGGAAGAAAAUAAGGCCAAGGCCAAUAAAAAAUCAAUAUUUGGGACCAUUUUAUAUAUGUAAAGAUGUUGCUCAAGGAGUAGAGUGUAAGUAUCCAGGACACUGUACCUUUGCCUACUCCCAAGAAGAAAUUGAUGUGUGGACGCUGGAGAGGAAGGGGAUUUUUUGCCGAGAUGCUCUUUUUGGUGGAGAUGGCAAAGACAGUUUAACAAUUCCGCAUUUACUGCAGGAAUACAGCGGAAGAUUUGUGUUUCUUUGUGAGAAAUGUUUUGAUCACAAGCCCAGAAUUAUUAGCAAGGAAAGUAAGGACUCUUCAUUGUACUGUUCACAUCCUCUCUUAAGGCAUGACUUUGAAGAUAACAAGUGUCUUGUUCACAUUUUUACCGAGAGCACAGUAAAAUAUUACAAGAUACGUCCUUUCAGCCCGGGUUUUGAGUUGGAUUUGUGCCGGCACGAGGUCCGCUAUGGCUGUUUGAGAGAAGAUGACUGCUCUUUUGCUCACAGCUUGGUGGAGCUCCGGGUGUGGGUGAUGCAAAAAGAGACCGGUAUGUCUCUUGAUACCCUUGUACAGGAGUCUACGAACUUCUCAGGUGUGGAGUCGGGUGCCCUUGGUUCCCAGAUACCCAACAUACCCAAUAAUCAUCGAUUUCCAAACUUCAAGAUUAAGUUUGUUUGCGGACAGUGCUGGAGGAACGGUCAAGUGAUCGAGGCAGACAAAAACAGAAAAUAUUGUAGUGCAAAAGCAAGACAUCAAUGGACCAAAGACCGCCAGGUAGUUUUAGUCAUGUCCAAUGAACGCAAAAAGUGGAUAUCUAUCAGACCUUUCCCAACAAAGAAACCUGUACCCCUUCAGUUUGAGAUGUGCAAUCAUAUUGUGACCGGGAAAAAAUGUCAAUAUAUAGGAAACUGCUCCUUUGCCCAUAGCCCAGAAGAGAGAGAAAUCUGGACUUAUAUGAAAGAUUGCGGCAUUCAGGACAUAGAACAUUUGUGUGACAAGUUACUGAAAAGCAAAAAAUCAGAGAAAGGCGAUGGCGUCUCUGUUCAGGCCAACAAACAGAUCCAUCUUCCCACCGAUUAUGCCGAAACUACUGUUGAUUUCCAUUGCUGGCUCUGUGGCAAGAACUGCAAUAGUGAACGCCAGUGGAAGAUGCACAUCUCUUCAGACAAGCAUAAGGAAAAAGUAUUCCACUCCGAGGACGAUCCCAACAUCUGGCAGCAUCGAUUCCCUACGGGGUCUUUUAGUUUAUGUGAAAGGUUCUUAUCAAGUAGGUGCCCUGAUGGAGAAAAAUGCAAAUUUGCCCAUGGACAUUCUGAACUCCUGGAAUGGAACGAGAGAAGAAAAGUGCUGUGCCAGAAAUUAAUCAAAGCUCGCAAUGAUCAGCUCAUUAGCCCAGACGAUAACGAUUUUGGAAAAUAUAGUUUUUUGAUUAAGGAUUUAAAUUAAAAAAAAAAGAAAA